AUGCAGCUCCACCCUCGCACCAGCACGCCCUCAGCCUCGACGGUCCUCCGCGACUUCCUCAACCAGGCAAAAUGCACCUGCUGCACGGUGCGCGUGGUGGAGCUGACCAAGCACCGCGCCGUCGUGGAGUGGGGUUCCGUCCCGUACUUCACUGCGCGGGGCAAACGGGCCGAAUUCGUCUACUACACGGCCGAGCGCGUCGCCGACGUCCGGCCGGACCUCCUCCGGAACUGGACGAGAGGCAAAAAAGAGGAGACGGCCGAGUGGGUCCGCGAAAGACUCCGUGAUAGCUGGCUCGUCGAGCAGCUUGCGUACUGGGUCGAGUUCCUCGAGGAGUGGAAGUUCUACCGUGAGUGGUAUGUGUACAGGCCCGAGUUGUUUGAGGGUAAGGAGCCGGAUGUGCUCAGUCCUGGGUGCGAGGGGUGUGUGAAGCCGCAUUGGCCCGGUGGGUUGCGGCGACGGGCGUCCUCUUGCGCUUGA